GUUAACUUGUAAUGCCAAGAAAUAGGAGCUGUUUUGUCAAUUGUGUGUAUAAUUUUUAAUAAACCGAUGCCUUGCACAAACGUUCGCCAUAUAUACGGAUCAUUGAACAAUUAAGGCUUACAUAAAUUUAUUGCUAUGGGACAUCAGGUAUUCUCCAAAGGCUAAUUCGUCGCAGCAGUAUAUUUAUAUGUUCGUUUGCAUCGUUGAUGUCUGGUUGGUAUUCGUACAUGUGUUCUUUAUCAUCGCUGUCAUCCUCAUCGCCCUCACAAUCUUCUUCGUCCUGGUCUACCCCGUCAUCUUGAGUAUUAUAAUGGCCAUAAAUAGCAGACAGCCUCAUUUGCUGUCUUACCGAGAACUUUCAGCCUCGUGUGCUAUGUGGAUUGGCUAAUGCAACAAGUACUUUGGUCGGGCAAGUGGCAAGUGGCAAGUGGCGUAUCUCGCUUAAGAACUAAUAUCAUGGAUCAGUUUACAGAAGAAAUGGAUAUAUUUUGUGAACUUCAGUGCGCUGUAAACCGUUUUUGUGUUGCGUAUAAUUAUAAGAAAAAAGUCGAUGAAGAGUCCAACUGUCAGCUGACCAACACAACUGAGCAUGACUUUGAGGAACACGGAGGUAUCAAAGAAGAGCGAGAGUGGAGCUUUUACAAGAUUAACGUUGACAGAAGUCAUUUUCUGGCGUGCGGGAAGGAAGUAAAUGAAUGUCGUAAUGGCGGAACCAUGGUUUGGGAUCCUCGAGCUGAACAGUUUACUUGUUGGUGUUUGAAGUGUUACGAAGGAAAACAUUGCGAUAACGUGCCUAAUAGAGCUCUUGGGAUGGAAAAUGGUGAUAUUCGUGAUAACCAAAUCACGGCAUCAAGCGAAUACAAUAGUUUUCAUCGUGUGGCGAAUGGAAGAUUAAAUUUCUGCCCGAGCAGUGGAAGAUCUUGCGCAUGGUCAUCUUUGAAGAGUAAUAUUCAUCAAUGGCUUCAAGUUGAUCUUAAAAUAAUUACUCUAAUCACAGGAAUAGGUACCCAAGGACGCAAUCAUUUUAAUGUUAAUCAGUUUGUUAAGAGAUACACCAUCUCUUCGAGCAAAGAUGGGGAAACUUUUCAAUUCUAUAAACAAGAAGAAGCAGUCAAGCUUCCUUUUUAUCAACCAAGAGUGUUGAGUGCCCGCCUGGAAGCUGGUGCUUCUCUAGAUCAGUAG